AGACUCCUGGUACACACGUCCUGGAAUACUUUGGAGAACCUGAUCCUGAGGCUUCAGCAACAAUGUCUUACCAAGAACAGCAGUGCAAGCAACCCUGCCAGCCUCCUCCUGUGUGUCCACCACCAAAGUGCCCAGAGCCUUGUUCUCCCUCGGUGUGCCCUGAGCCUUGUCCUCCUCCAAAGUGCCCUGAGCCUUGUCCUGAGCCAUGUCCCCCUCCCUCAUUCCAGCAGAAAUGCCCUCCUGUGCAACCUCCUCCACCCUGCCAGCAGAAGUGCCCACCCAAGAGCAAGUGAAGUCUUCAGCAGUCUUCAGGACAGGGGAAAGAGAAAAGAAUCUAUUUCAUGUCAUUCCAUAGCAACACCUUAUCUUCCCUCCAAAGUCUGACAUGGAUGCAGAAGAAUUUUCUCUACCCUUCACCUACUUCCAUAUCUCAGUGAUGACCUCUAAUAAGUAAUGAAUUUGCCCGAGACUAUAAUCUUGCUGCUGUAAAGGGGCUCUAGAGAAUGGGUCUUGUUCCAUUGUUCAGUAUGACAUUUUUCAAAUCUCUCUGUCACUUGAGCAGGGUAGUUGUUACUGUUGUUUUAUUUCCCAAAUAAAGUACUAUGUUUUAAUGA